AUGAGGUCUGCGACGUUUCCCAACAAAAUGCAGGAGAGCCAACCGGUUGAGACGCUUCCUAUUCCCUUGGCCGGUUGCAGAGCAGCAGAGCGUAUAGCAAAGAACCAAGAAGAAAGAAAGGAGAAGUCAAAAGUGGAAUAUCGCACCGGAAGGGAAAAAAGAAGAGGGGCGUCUGGGGACAACCUAAGACUGGAUGAUAUCGCGGGCUUGGCCGACGUAGUGGGGAACCACCCCCGGCCUCCACAGGCGCAUACCACUCCCAUUCCCCUGCUGCCCUGCUCUCUCUCUUUCGCCCGGGCUCUCCAGAAAUACAUCCCUCCCAAUUUUUGGUCACCUCACAUCUCGCAGUCGUUGCGCGCCUUACCAAUUGCCUCUAAGCACAAUUCUACUCUGUCGUUCGCUUCCUCCCAUCACCAAACCCAUCUGGCAGCUCGUGAAUGCCAGCGCACGAAACCGAAGCUCGCUCCGCCCAAGGAUGAAAGUCUAAGGGAGUGGCGCAAUAGUUGGCGAGAUUUUCACCAAGAGACCUUUCUCACCUCACUCCAUUCCGAAAACACUUCGUCCUACUCUGAUAUCGCAUAUCGACUUCUCGCCGCCAUGCCUGACCACGCUGGAACGGCCGUCGCCGCGCCGCCCCAGAGCGGCUCCAACCCGACCCCUCCCAAGGAGCUAUACCCCAUGGUCAACUGGAAGUAUGACCUCUUCCUCUGGGUCUUGGGCGUGCUGGUCGACCUCUUCUUCCGCGAGGUUCACCCUCGUGGCUCCUGGAAAGUCCCCAAGUCGGGUCCUGUUCUCUUCGUCGCCGCUCCGCACGCCAACCAGUUCGUCGAUGCUCUCAUCCUCCAGCGCACCCUCCGACACGAGGCCGGUCGUCGAGUCUCCCUCCUCAUUGCGCAAAAGUCUGUCCAUGGCUUCAUCGGCUGGGGUUCGCGUCAGGUCGGCUCCGUCCCCGUCGGACGCGCCCAAGACGCUGCCAAGCCCGGCGCCGGCGUCAUCUAUCUGCCCGACCCUAUCAACGAUCCUACACUCAUCCGCGGCGUUGGCACCAAGUUUGGCCAAGGAGAGGGCGAGGUACACGGCAUGCUGUUCUUGCCCUCUGCCAAGAAGCAGACCGGCGCCAGCAUCGACAUUGCACAGAUUAUCGGACCCGAGGAAAUUCGCAUAAAGCGCCCGUUCAAGGGCAAGCUGUCGCUUGAGCAGCUUACCGGACGCGAUGAUAUUGACGAGAAUGGCAACUUCAUCAACAAGGACCUCAAGGGAUGCAGCCCCGGCUUUAAGGGAACCAAGUACAAGCUCGCCCCGCACAUCGAUCAGACCAAGGUGUACGAGGCCGUCUUUGACCGUCUGAGGUCAGGUGGCUGCGUAGGCAUCUUCCCCGAGGGAGGUAGCCAUGACCGCACUGAGCUGCUUCCCCUGAAGGCCGGUGUUGCCAUUAUGGCACUUGGCGCCCUCGCCGAGUCCCCCGACUGUGGUCUGACGAUUGUGCCCGUUGGCAUGAACUAUUUCCACGCCCACAAGUUCCGCAGUCGCGCCGUCGUCGAGUUCGGUCCUCCUUUCGAAGUUCCCCGGCACUUGGUCGAGAUGUACAAGAACAACCAGAGACGCGAGGCCAUCGGCCAGCUCCUCGACAGCGUAUACCAGGCUUUGAGCGCCGUCACCGUCUCUACCCCCGACUACGAUACCCUGAUGAUGCUUCAAGCUGCUCGACGUCUGUAUAACCCCACCGGAAAGAAGCUGCCUCUGCCUGUCGUCAUUGAACUAAACCGCAGACUCGCCAUGGGCUACGAAAAGUACAAGGAUGACGCCCGGGUCGUCCAUGUGAUUAAGUCUGUCAAGCAAUACAACAAGGAGCUACGCUACGUCAACCUGCGCGACCACCAGGUCCAGUACGGCAAGAUGUCCAUCCCCAAGGUCAUCUUCCUGUUGUUCUACCGCGUUGCCAAGCUCCUUGUUCUGCUUAUCGGCGUACUGCCCGGUCUUAUUCUCUUCGCCCCUGUUUUCGCCGCAUCCAAGGCCAUUAGCGUUCGUAAGGCGAAGCAGGCUUUGGCUGGCUCGACGGUAAAGGUUCAGGGACGCGACGUUAUGGCUACAUGGAAACUUUUGGUCGCCAUCUUCCUCGCCCCGACUCUAUACCACUUUUACUCGGCCAUUGUCACCUACAAGGUCUGGCAGGAUCAUCUCUGGGGUCGCGUUCCUGAAUGGGUACCCUGGUGGACGACAUACUUGGUCAUGUGGCCCCUCAUGGUGGGUAUUACAUUUGCUGCGCUGCGGUUUGGCGAGGUUGGCAUGGACAUCUUCAAGUCUCUGAGGCCUUUGGUCCUCUGUCUGAACCCCGCCUCAAGCUACAACAUCCAGCAGCUGCGUGCGAAGCGCGUUGACCUUAGCUCCCAAGUGACGGAUCUCAUCAACACGCUUGGACCCGAGAUGUUCCCCGACUUCGAGAAGACCCGUCUAGUGGCAGACCCGUACAAGGCCGACGGAUACUCCCGACCGCGCACACCGCCGGCGCGCCGCGAUAGUGACGCAUCCAGCGCCUAUGAUGCCGCGACGCCGCCGUCCAUCUCUAGAAGACAAACCCAGCAGUCGAGCCGCGCGAUGCCCCGCAACGAAUCGUACAGCAACAUUGGCGGCGUCGGCAUCUUCUCCACGCGGCCACCUUCCCGGUCUCGGAGUCGGAGCAGCAGCAGCGGAGGCGGGCUCGGGUCGGGCGGGUUCCACAUCAGCGGGUUCACGACUCUGGACUCUGCGGGUGGGUUUGACGAGGCUAGCAAAAAGAUUCGCGAGGCGAUGAAGCUUCGUCGGAGAAAGAGCGGGGAUCACAAGAUGGAGCUGGGCGCGGACGAGAGCGAGGAUGAGGAGUACAACGAGGCGCGCAAGAAGAACACAUGA